CCUCUCCCCAUGUGUGGAGGUUUUUCUUGACUCAAAAGAAAAAACAGUUUGGUCAAGAAUAUUCAUUAACUUUCUAUAGACACUAUUUAAUUACAAUAUAAACAAGAAACCAUAUAAUUAUCCAACAAACAUUCAUCUAAUUGUAGUCCCCAGCCCGAGUUUGUAACAUAUUUUAAUUAAUUGGUUGAAAAUCAAUAUAUGAUAUGUUUUACCUUAAUUAGGCAAUUAUGGAUAUAAGAAAUGAGUAUAUGUAUAUAUUCAUAUUUAGAUUAAUGUGCAUGAUCUAGGUACAUAAAUUCUCAUGUUAGAAACUUUAGUAUUGCUUCACCCAAUUGCAGAAAGUGGGCUCCAUUCCCCAACCUCUGCUCUCACUCACUCUAUAAAAUCCAUCUUCUCGCUUCACACACUAAAAACUCCAUCAGAACUUACAGAACCUUUUUUUUUCUUUUCUUUUUUUAAUUUCUUGACCUACAUUUUCUUUCAUCAAGUAAUAAAAAAACCCUAACUUUUUGCCCAAGUCAACUUCAAAAUGCAGCCGCAAACAGACGUUUUCAGCCUCCAUAACUACCUAAACUCCUCGAUUUCCUCUCCAUAUCCUUCUAAUUUCCCGAUAUCUACGCCAUUUCCAACCAACAGCCAAAACCCGUACUCCCUUUACGGAUUCCAAAGCCCUACAUAUAAUCCACAAUCCAUGAGCCUAAGCAGCAACAACUCAACAUCAGACGAAGCAGAAGAGCAGCAGAUGGACAACAAUAUAAUCAACGAGCGGAAGCAGAGAAGGAUGAUUUCAAACAGAGAAUCCGCAAGGAGAUCGCGUAUGAGGAAGCAAAGACACCUUGACGAGCUUUGGUCACAAGUUAUGUGGUUAAGGAUCGAGAAUCAUCAGUUGCUAGAUAAGCUUAAAAAUCUCUCUGAGUCUCACGAAAAAGUUCUUCAAGAGAAUGCUCAGCUUAAAGAAGAAACAUCUGAGCUUAAGCAAGUGAUCAGUGAUAUGCAAAUCCAAAGCCCUUUCUCUUGCUUCAGGGACGAUAUAAUACCCAUUGAAUAGAGCAUUUUUAA